AUGUCACAAGCUCCUGGCUCCCCAUACACCACCAGUCGCACAAUCAUUCAUGACCUCACCCUCCCAUCCAUACCCAAUGUCAACAUCCCGCCAUCCCCGCCAGGCUCGCCGCCCCCUGGCGCGAACAAGAAACUCGAGCAGUUCAUCCUGUUGAAGAAGCAGGGUGUGCACUUCAACGCGAAACUGGAGAACUCUGAGGCGUUGAGAAACCCAAGCCUGAUGGACAAGCUGCUGGGCUUCGCCGGGGUGGAGGGAAAGGAACAGUACGAGACGACGUUGCGUGAUGAUGGGUGGUGGGACCCCAAGGCAUUUCCCCGGGAAGCCUACAGGCUCGCACUCCGGAAGAACCAAGACAAGAUGACGAGGGAGCGCGAGGCAGACAAAGCAGCAGGGAACAGAACGAGCGUCGACUUUGUGCCCUCGACAACUACGGAGGGCAACGUCUCCAAUGUGGGCGGGACUAUGACCAAGGGCCCAGGACGGAAGCGUGGGUGGGAUUGA